AUGAUAAGAUCGGCAGCAAGGAUUCCACAUCAACUGGCUUUACAUUCCAGUCGGAUAGCUUUACGGAAAUCAAUCGAACCUACAAGCCUGUCAGUCUUGUCAAGAUUCAAUACAUUGUCUUCACUUCGGUCACAGUCUGCACCUCUCUCAAUUGCUCAUUAUGCUACUUCUGCUUUUGCCAAUGCUAAGCCAUUGAAUCACUCUGAUUCAACUUCAACAUCUGCACAAGCGGUCUCACAACCACAAAGCAAGGGACAACAGAACAACUCCAACGAGAGUAAAUCGGAAAAUGAAGGAGAACAACCAGACCCCGAUGAGCCUCCAAAGAAAGCCACGAUACGAGAACGAUUACGAUUCUUAACUAGAAGAUAUGGUUGGUGGGCAUUGGGUGUAUAUUUAUUGGCAAGUACGGUAGAUUUCUCUUUGGUAUUCUUGGCUAUUCAUUUAUUGGGAGCAGAUCAUAUUCGCGAAUUAGAAGAUGGCGUAAGAAAGUACUUUGGUAUGGGUAAAAGAGAAAUGGAAGAUCAUGAAAAAGGAGAUGGAAAGGAUAGCUCAACUUUGUGGACUGAGGCUGUGUUAGCAUAUACUAUUCACAAAACACUUUUGUUGCCAUUCAGAGUUGGAAUCACUGCCGCCGUCACUCCAACAUUUGUUAAAUAUAUGGUUCGUUUGGGAUGGGCAAAGAAUAAUGCUGCCGUUCAACAAGCUGCUCAAAAAGCAAAGAUGGCAAAAGAGGCUGCAAAAAAGGCAGUAAAGAAAGCCGAUUAA